AUGAAAGAAGUGUUGGUUGUACCCGAGUGUUCUCCAGAAUUGAAACUCAUCGUCGGUCAAAAGUUCCAAUCACUAGAUUUCACUUUCGCGUUUUACGAUGUGUAUGCUCACGCUGUUGGAUUUGAUACGCGCAAACAAAGAAUAAGGAAGACGGAAGGUGUUACUACUUGGUAUUAUGACAUAUGCAAUAGGGAAGACAGCAAGAAGACAAACGGCGAUAACCAAUUGAAUGCACGUUCUGGUUUUUCUAUGAAAUGCACACGAUUAUCUAAGCGUUGUGGUUGUAAAGCGAGCAUAUCGUUCAAGUUCUUCUCCGAAAGAGGACUUCCAGGUUAUAUUAUCCAGGAGUUCAACGAGGUUCAUAACCAUUACCAUUAUAUGGUUGAGGUUCCGCAUCAGCAGUUUAUGUCACUUAAUCGAAAGUUAGAUGAUGUACAUCACAAAUUCAUUCUUGAUUGUUCGAAGGCUAAUAUAGGCCCCACACUUACCUUCAAGGUGUUGAAGGAAAUUCUCGGUGGAUUUGAUCUUGCUGGGUGCAAUGUCGAGGAUAUCAGGAACACUUCUCGAGACAUCAAAGGAUACGCACAUGGGUUCGACGUACAAAUGGUGUUGGAUGAUAUUGCUAAGAAGAAGGAACUGUCUGAGGCGUUCACAUAUCACUAUGAGGUUAAUGCUAGUAACCAGUUGGUUGCUCUGUUUUGGUGCGAUGGUUUGAUGAAGAGGAAUUGUCAUAUGUUUGGUGAUAUUGUGGCGUUUGACUCUACCUACAACACAAACAGAUCAAGAUUUGGGGAUGAGAUCAGCUAA